AUGCCAGCUUUUGAAACUCCUUUCCAUCCUUCUACUCUCCUCUUUGACCAGCAUGAUAAACACAUUCUCAGCAAGCCUUGCUCAAGAGCACCAUCUAGGGUCGCUUCGUCUGCUGACUUUGCAGCGAUGAACUACGUCCCUGACUUUUCGCUCUCUCCGGCCUCUGCUCAUACUCAAACUAUCCAGCUGCGUCCAACAAUUAAAAAUAAUAAAAACUGCUUGGAAAAUAUGCCAACUGAAAUCCUCACUCAAAUCCUCCAGGACGUUAUUCUCCAGGAAUGUAACGGAAACCCAGCAAAUUACUACUCUACUGUCGACCGCUUCUCGCGGCUCUUGACUAUUUGCCCAGCCCUCUACGAUGUUGGCACUCCUAUUCUCUAUAGACAUGUUGCAUUUGCCCACCCACACGCUUUUGACCGCUUUUUAACAUCUAUUGAAAAAACGGGUUAUGGCGUGCUUACCCGUACAUUAGACUUUUCAGGGUUCACCUCUGUUGGCCUCGGUCGCUCAAGCCGCAUGAAUCAGGAAAUUCAAAUGGUCACUUCCCGCACCAUUCUUAGAGCCCUCGAACUCUGCCCAAAUCUUAAUGAGUUUUUGGCCUCUGAAAAUAUCGAUAGAGACAUGGACGCCGCCGUAGUUGAAAAACUCUUUAGCUUGCCUUACCUCCAGGCUCUGGAUUUUUGUGGCGCAACAAACUCGACGUUUGUAGAGGCCAUUGCAACAUCGUGCGGCUUUUACUUUACAGAAACAGGUGCCCUUGAGCGCAUCACUGACAAGGCCGCUCUCGCAUACUACUCACGACCCCUCCCUCACAUUACCCGUUUAUCUCUCCAUGGAUGCUCUACCCUCCCCUCAGCCGUCAUUGGAGCCCUCUUGCAACGUCUCCCCAACUUGACACGUCUGGACCUUACUCAUACUCAAAUUACCUCAGAUGCUCUUCUUUCCCUUCCUUCUUCUGCUCACCUUACACAUUUAUCCAUCUCCAAGUGCGUCCGUCUUUCCUCAGAUGGUACUCUUAAGUUUCUCGUUCUUCACAAGGCUGCUCGCACUCUCAAAUGGCUCAAUAUGAUGUUUGAAGCUACCCGACCUUCCCCCAUUUCCGCUGCCGAUCUUGCAACAGUCCUCCGCUAUCUCCCUCCUCUCGAAUACCUCAACUUGCAUGGGCUGCCUGUUCGCAACCUCGACCCUCUUGUCUCUAUGGAUUUGGUUUCUCUUUCUCUUGGCUACGUUAAUGUUACUAUUGAUGAUCUUAAACGCUUCCUCCCAAAGCUGCCACGACUUGAAUAUGUCGAUCUUGCAGGCAACCCCAAUAUCAAUAUCUGGACUAUCCAGGACCUCACACUUCUUAAUGCAAACACUAAUAUCGCUAUGUUCGAGUUUAACCGCGACUUGCUGGCCAAGCUCGAUGGUAUUGUAAUUCCAGGCUUUACUGCGGCUCUUGGUCAAGGUCGCCGUGGCUGGCUUUUCCGAGGUGACAGGGUCCCUACCAACAAGACUCUCAACUCUACUACAUGUAAUGGGCCUUCUGUCAUUAAUGGAACCCUCCAAGAAAUGACUGUUACCUCGCCACAGCUUCAACCUACACAAGGCUUUACUUUUGCUGCUUAUGCCAAAAACCGCAUUCGUGAAAAGAAGGCCGCCAUUGCUGCUGCAUCGGCUUCUAAUAGCCCUACACUCUCGCCUGUUGGAUCUCCAGAAGCACGUCCCGUCACAGUCCUGGGCAUGGAUAUGGGUAGCCCGGCAUGGCGCAACGCGAGCCGCAAAGUAAAUGUCUGCUUUGUGGGUCUCGGUGGCAAUAUGACGGCAAAUUCAUGCAAAGAACGUGGAAUUUACUUGUACUAUGGUUAUCGCAAGUAA